ACUUUUUACUGGCCAAGUCCAAAUAAAUUUCUAAAAAAGCCCAAAUUUCUCAUUGUUCAAGUAAUGAUAAAUCCAGCCCAUUUUCAAUUUCUCCGUUUCUUUCUCAAACAGUUGCGGGAAGCAGCCGCGACCUGCGAGGCGCUAAUCAUCCUUCCAUCUCUCAACGUCUCUAGGUAAAGCUCCUGCUUUCUUACCCUAUAUGCUUUGUUUUCAGGUUCUGACUUUUGUCCCUUUGUUUAAAUUCUAUUGUUUUCUUUUGUAUAAUCAAACUCAACACACCCAUUUUUCUCCUUCUGAAAAGUCCAAGUCUUGUUUUCUCUGUUAAGUUCCUUCUCUCUCUAGAAUCACUGGUAUGGACAAUGGAGUAAGGAAAUAGGAUUUGGGUAUGGGUAACAACCCUGUUUGUUGUUGACGCAAAAGGGUGACGACUUUUGGGAAGACAUGUUAGUUUUUAUUGAUGUCUCCUUUUACCCAGUUGCUUGCUUACUGUAUUGGAUGUUGUGCUGUUUUUUGUUUAAUUAUUCUCUUAAUUUCUUGGCUUCUUUUUUGCUGUUUAAGUGUGAUGGAUACUUGAUGUUAGCUCAAUUUGUUGUCUUUAUAUUUUUCAUGGCCUCUUGGGCAAAGUCCGUUGAUUGUGUUCAUGCCUUUGGUUGCCUUGUCUUUUUUGGCCUUCAAUGCCUCUUUAUCAUUUAGUCAACCUGCUUGUAAAAAAUGGAUUUUUAGUUUUUUACUUCUUGUUAUGGCUUAUAUGCUUCACUGAACAACGAAAAUGUGCUUUGUAAUAGAACGAGGCAAGCAUUACCAUUUUUUCCCUAAUGCUGGAGCAACUCUGGUUUAUGGCUUUCUAAGGGGACCUUGGUUUAGUGCUUUCUAGAUGAAUUCACUCGCUUAGGAGAUUCUUUUUCUUAAUUGUUUUUUUAGUGAUGUACUUGUUUGAACAUAUGCAGACUUUGCCUUGGCUUUCUUAAAUUUUCUCAUUCAAGUUUGCACAAUCUCAUUUGAUUUAUUAUUGGUAUCUUUUUUCCCUAGCAACUUUGUACUUCAUAUAGGCUGAGGCAACUAAAUUUGGGUUUUCAUU